AUGCUACACGAUGCUCAUUACGUAUACCAUCCAUACGAAACCGUUUUGCCAAUUAUUCAGGAAGCAGAGAUGUGCGAACUUUCACAAGCACAUGUUGCAAUUGAGACAUCACCUAGUGAGCUAUUAACAAGAUACAGUGACUUUCGGGUGCUUCAGCGAGUAGUGGCGUACAUGUGUCGGUUCAUGAAUAACGCUAAACAGAAGGACAAAGUUCUGCGUAGAACUGGAUUUUUUACCGUCAACGAGCUUCGUUUCGACACGCAAAGGAUCAUUGCACAAACUCAACGAGAAGGCUUUCCUGAUGAAUUACGAAUGGUGGUUACACGACAAGUGUCAAAAAGCAAGUUAUUGCAGUUGGACCCAUUUGUCGAUCGUGAAGGUAUGUUGAGAGUCGGUGGUCGUUUGAAACACGCCAAGAUUUCGUUUGAGAAGAAGCAUCAGUUAAUACUGCCACAGCACCAUCAUGUGACAAAAAUUUUGAUUGCGUCACUGCAUAACGAACAUCUUCACAUCGGUCAGCAAGGUUUACUGGCCAUAGUUCGUCAACGGUAUUGGCCAGUGCGAGGAAGGAGUGUCAUUAGACAAGUGGUGAAGAAAUGCGUCCGAUGCUUCCGUAUGCAUCCUCCUGAAGUCAUCCAGUUUAUGGGAUCAUUGCCUGAUUACCGAGUUAACCCAUCGCCAGUCUUCAACUGUACUGGCAUAGAUUAUGCAGGACCCUUUUUCAUACGAUCUGGCAUUCGUCGUGUCACAAGAAUAAAGGCUUACGUAGCUCUGUUUAUUUGUAUGAGCUCUAAGGCUAUACAUUUAGAACUUGUGUCGGACCUCACAAGUGCAGCUUUUUUGGCGGCCUUACAAAGGUUUGUUGGACGACGGGGAUGUCCGGAAAAACUGAUCUCAGACAACGCUACAAAUUUUCGUGGAGCUGAUUCCGAAUUGCACGAACUUUUCAAACUUUUUCAGUCCCAACAAUAUAAGAACAAAAUCCAUCACUUCUGUACUGCCCGAGAAAUUCAGUGGUCCUUUAUACCGCCCAGGUCACCAAAUUUUGGUGGCGUCUGGGAAGCUGGGGUUAAAGCAGCAAAAUCCCAUCUCAAAAUCGUCCUUUGUGAAGCAUCCUUGAACUACGAAGAGAUGACCACCGUGUUGGUUCAAGUAGAAGCGAUACUAAACUCUCGCCCUAUGACGCAAGUCUCCAAUGAUGCUAACGAUUUUAACGCAUUAACUCCUGGCCAUUUCUUGGUGGGUCGAGAACUGACAGCCGUACCUGAACCAAGUUAUGAUAAUGUACGAGUGUCGUCACUUUCCCGAUGGCAACAUCUGCAAAAGUUGAAGCAGGAUUUCUGGAGCAGGUGGUCGACGGAGUACUUAAGUGAACUGCAGCCAAGAAGUAAAUGGUAUAAGAAUAAAUUAACGAUUCGGCCAGACAUGCUUGUAGUCCUGAGAGAGGACAACGUUGCACCACAAAUGUGGCGUUUGGGUCGAAUUGUCGAGGUUACACCAGGUGCUGAUGGAUUAGUUCGUGUGGUGAAGAUUAGAACGGCUAACGGAGAAGUCACCCGGGCGGUAACUAAGAUAGCUAUUCUGCCAAUCGAAGAUUAA